AUUUAAUCUGACAUUUUAGAGUUUGAGUUUGUCUGUCAUGAAAUAUGAAUCGGGAUCGAAUAAGUUUACAAAAGUGAAAGUAGAAAAAUGGCUUUCAUGUCUCAACCGUUUUUGCGUCAAAUUCGGAACCUGGCCAGAAUUACGGGUUCACCAUGCAAAGCAUUUCACACUAACCAGAAGCUGACGGCUGCAAAGUGGAACAUAGGUAAAAUUAAUCAUGUCGCUAUGGCAACUCCAGACAUUGACAAGGCAGCCUCCAUGUUCAGAGAUGUCCUUGGAGCCAAAGUUAGUGAAAAACAUCCUCAACCAGAUCAUGGGGUUUACACAGUGUUUGUUGAGCUUGGGGAAACAAAAAUAGAGCUCUUAAAUCCUCUUGGAGACAAAAGUCCUAUUCAAAACUUUUUGGAUAAAAACAAAAGUGGAGGCAUGCAUCAUAUCUGUAUUGAGGUAGACAACAUUAAUGAAGCAAUGAAAGACCUCAAAUCUAAAGGUAUCAGACUUCUGAGUGAAGAAUCAAAGAUUGGGGCUCAUGGCAAACCUGUGGUAUUCCUCCACCCCAAGGAUUGUAACGGUGUGUUAGUAGAACUGGAGCAGGUGUGAAGCUUUUGACACAUACAUGUAUUUCCCCCUGAAAUGCUCAAAUAAUUGAACACCUCUACCUAUUUUGUUUAAAGAAACUUAAAGAAACUUAAACUUGUUUAAACUGAGAAUUACACCAAGCAAAAACAUUUGACCUAUCCAGGUUAGACAGUUUUUCAUUGUUGGAGGUUUGGUUUUUGGUUAAGUGCAUUGAAAUUUUCGGCUUGUAAAUAAGAUACAUUUGUUUUAAUAGUAAACUUAGAUUUGUUGAACACUAGGGCAUUAUUAAGAGUAUGUUUAAUGACAUAUGUACAUUAAAUAGGUAUAGAAUGGUUUCAUAAAGAAAUACAUAAAGGUUGACACAGUACCAGAUAAGUUAAAACUACAGUGUAACCAAACAGCUUUUUUUUGGUCACCAAAACCUAAGCAUGUUGUUAAAGUUUUUUCACCAUGCAUAGAGUGCAUUUUGUUUGAUUAAAAACAUGUAAUGAUAUGAAUACAUUUAAUGAUUGCUUAUUUGAAAAACUGUAUCUGUGUUAGGCAUUUAUUAUGAAAUAAACUUGCUUUGACACAACA